AUGAGCCUGUGGGUUGACAAAUAUGCUCCAACCUCUCUCCAAAAGCUGGAUUACCAUCAACAAGAGGCAGCCGCCCUGAAAAAUCUGGUUGACAGUGGAAAUUUUCCACAUCUGCUGGUCUACGGACCCUCGGGCUCUGGCAAACGCACUAGAAUUAUGUGCCUUCUUCGUGAACUUUACGGUUCAGGUGUUGACCGCCUCCGGACGGAAACGCACAACUUCCUCACACCGUCGAACAAAAAGGUGACAGUCUCCACUGUCUCGAGCAACUUUCAUUUGGAAGUAAACCCAAGUGAAGUCGGUAUUUACGACCGCGUCGUCGUCCAGGAACUGAUCAAGACCAUGGCUUCAACUGCGCAGUUAGAUAGUGCACAGCAACGCGAUUUCAAGGUCGUUGUGCUCCAUGAAGCUGAUCACCUCACGAAAGAUGCUCAGCAUGCACUUAGACGUACUAUGGAGAAGUAUAUAUCGACCUGUCGAUUGAUCUUAUCUGCAGAAUCAAUCAGUAAGAUAAUUUCUGCCACUCGUUCUCGUUGUCUGCCAAUCCGAGUUGCUGCACCAAGCAUCGAUCAGAUAGUGCACAUACUAAAAAACACCGCUCGACGCGAGGGUCAGUCGAUGCCGACCGAGUUAGCUGAACGCAUUGCUAACGCCUCAGAACGAAAUCUUCGCCGUGCUUUACUUUUGGCUGAGGUUGCCAAAUGGCAACACAGCCCGAUGUCAGCCGAACAGCCGGUUCAGUUGCCUGACUGGCAAGUUUUCUUAGCGGAAACCGCCUCUGCUAUUCUUGCAGAACAAAGUCCUAGAAAGUAUCUCGACUUCAAGAGUGCGUUGGAUUCUGUCGAGCGAUUCGCUCUUCUCAACACACUUGUGACAGUAUAUGCCUCAGAAGUUUUUUUGCAUUUUGAUUGUCUGGUCGAUAACCUGUUGGGAUCUUGUGAUGGAAAUCUGAAAUUGGAGUUAGUCCAAUUGGCCGCCGAAUAUGAGCACCGUUUGCAAUUGGGACAGAAGCCGAUUUUUCACUUGGAGGCUUUUGUGAUUUCAUUUAUGGCCAUCUACAAACGAUUUGUGGAGGAUGCUCUCGGAUCCGGCAUGGAAUGGUGAAGCAUAGUUGUUUCAUGUCGCUGCUGCAUUUCACUCCAUAAAACUUUAUGCUCAUACUAAGUGUGAAUAGAUAUUGAUAUUUUUGCAGCCG